CCGGUCACCUUUGUUAGUCCAGAGGUUAUCUUGUUAAUUCAGAGGAACUGACAGCUCCUAUUUGCUAAUUGCUUGCACCCACUUUUGCUGUAUACAAUAUAAAAAGCGAGGAUCUACUUUUCCUUUCUUUUAUCCUGCCAGAAUCCAGAAUAACUGCUGCACUCUGCAAUGGAAACUCUGGAAGCAACAGCUGUUUUCCUGGUGAUUUGUAUCCCUUCGCUUCUUUUCCUUUUGGCAUGGAGAAAGGUGUCUGGAAGCGGGAGGCUGCCUCCUGGGCCUGUAGCUUUUCCCAUCAUAGGGAACACACUGCAGCUGAAUAUGAAGAACUUGCCCAAACAUGUGGAGGAGCUCAGUGCAAAAUAUGGCCCAAUUUUCACAAUAUACUUUGGCUCAGUACGUGUUGUGGUGCUGUAUGGAUAUGAGAUUGUGAAGGAAGCUCUGAUUGGUCUCGGGGACGAGUUCAGUGGAAGAGGAAGUAUGCCAAUAUUUGAAAGAAUCUCCAAGGGAAGAGGUAUUGUUUUCAGCAAUGGGGAGCAGUGGAAGCAGCUUCGCCGAUUUGCCCUCACUAAUCUGAGAAAUUUUGGGAUGGGGAAGAAAAGCAUUGAGGAGCGUAUCCAGGAGGAAACCCAUUUUCUAGUGGAAAGACUCAGAAACACACAUGGGCGGCCCUUUGACCCCACCCUCUUCCUUACCCACGCUGUCUCCAAUGUCAUCUGCUCCAUCAUCUUUGGGGACCGGUUUGACUAUGAAGAUAAGAAGUUUGUUACUUUAAUUAGUCUUGUACAAGAAAAUGACAAGCUCCAGCGCUCUCCCUGGACAGCACUGUAUGUUUUUUUCCCGACUUUUAUGGAUUACAUCCCUGGGCCUCACCAGGCGUUAUUUAAAAAUGCUCAGGAGUUCAGAAGAUUUGUUCUGGAGAGAGUGAAGAUGCACAAAGAGUCUCUGGAUCCCAACUGCCCUCAAGACUUUAUUGAUGCUUUCCUCAUCAAAAUGAAAGAGGAGCAUAAGAAUGUCCAGUCAGAAUUUAAUGUGGAAAGUUUGGUACGAAGCACAGUAGAAUUAUUUAUCGCUGGAACAGGGACAACCAGCAUCACUCUGAAAUAUGGACUCCUGAUUCUUCUGAAAUAUCCAGAAAUAGAAGAGAAAGUCCAUGAAGAGAUUGACCGUGUGAUUGGCCAAAGUCGAAGCCCCUGCAUGGCGGAUCGAAGCCAGAUGCCCUACACAGAUGCUGUGGUACAUGAAAUCCAGAGGUUCUUCACUUUUGCCCCGUUAGGUGUCCCACGUGCUGUGACUAGAGAUGUUCAUCUCAAACAGUACCUUAUUCCCAAGGGCACCACGAUAUUUCCUUCACUGAAGUCAGUUCUGUAUGACAGCAGGGAAUUUCCAAACCCAGAGCAAUUUAAUCCAGGACAUUUCUUGGACGAAAAUGGUGCCUUUAAGAAGAGUGACUUCUUCAUGCCUUUUUCUGCAGGGAAGCGGAUUUGCGUGGGAGAGGGUCUGGCUCGGAUGGAGCUCUUUUUGCUACUGACAACGAUUUUGCAGAACUUUACCUUGAAACCUGUCGUUGACCCCAAAUAUAUUGAUAUAACUCCCAAGUCGAGCUUCAUGUCAAAUGCACCAAAAUCAUACCAGCUUUGUGUUCUUCCUCGAUAAAGACCUUGAAAAGUCACCUCAAUACCUUAGACCUGUGCAUUAAUUUGAUUGUCUUUGAUUCUGAACUCAUUUACACAGUGACAGAAAUGAACUCAUUGUCUUCAAACAGGCAGAUCAAUUACUAGUUUUUUUAUGUAACUUGGAUUUAACAAAAUUAUGUGUAGUAUCAAAAAAUAACCAUACAAUUGACUCAAAAAGCCAUGUACAAUAAUCGUGUAGUGUUCUCAGAAGGGCUCAGGUUGGAACAGAACCUGGCUAUGUCUUCAGUUCAUUUGUGGUUUGGUUGACAACUAUGGAAACUUCUUUAGGCAGCUCUAAGGCUUCUUUAUUGACAAAGAGUUGGUAACAGUGUACCAGCCAAUGAGAAUAAAUUGUGAUGAUGUAA